AUGCUUCGCAGAACAGCACUAAAAUCUUGUUCCACAAACCAACCGCGUCGAUUGCAAUUACCGCUUGCUCCUACUCGUGAGAAACAAGACGAUUUAUACUACCGACCCUUAAGAACAGAUCAAACCGAUAAGGCACUACAAGCAACCCAGCUCCAAUCCCCUCCAUCGACUUCGCCCCAGCGUCAGGACCCUCCACCAUCCGUCCGCAGGGUGUUCUCCAGCGCCGAUCCCCAGCAGAGGGAAUUUGAUCCGUCCUCUCCUGUGCACCAUUACUUCCCUGGUGAGCAGUUCCCCACGCCCAACCGGAGUGAUGGAGAAUACCUGGCCGAGCAGAAUGGAGUCCAAACGCUGUCGCAGCCACAACACCAACCAAAAUCGAAAACUGUUAGGUGGUCCUCGGAACCAGGCUUAGAGAUUCCCAUGAAUGCCUUUUUAGCGCCUCACCGUCCAAAUGGAAUGCAAAGGCUCGUCAGCAACUUGGACAGUGUUGAAGCUGAUCUUGUCAACGCUGCGUCGGGAUGCUCGCCCGAUCGUAGUCAACGGGGUUUGAAUCCCUCGGAUAUUCCUGAGAUACCUCCACCUCCCGCCUUCACCAACGGCAAUAACCACGGGGGAGAUUGCUUACCACAUUCACAGGCGAUACCAGAUCAGAUUUCCAGAGUGCCGAAAAGACAACAAUUUUCGUCACCGAUAAUGCGGUAUUCUCCAGUUCCGCCAAUUCAAAAUGGGACCCCACCCACAGAACGGAGUUCGUUGCAAUCGCAAGAGAAUUACAACACCUUCACAAGGGAGAAGUCGCCCCAGGCCCACAACUGGGUGGGGAAUCUGAACUUUUGGAGGAGUCUUCAGAACAGAGACGGCAUUGACUCUUUGAGUCUGCGGAAUCAAAGGGAGAAGGAAGAUGACAAGAAGGUUAUACUACGGGUGCACCAACCUGACCGAACCACGAAGGCGAUAUACGUGCAGUCGCGGACUGAUGCCGGCGAGGUAGUUCUCAUGCUUGCGGCCAAAAACUUUCUUCCUCUCAGCACAAAAAUGGCUCUCGUUGAGAAGGUUCCUUCCAUGAAGCUUGAGAGGUGCUUUGAGGAUGAUGAGCCUGUGCGAGAUUGUAUUCUCAGUUGGCCUGUCAACAGCGAAAACCUUAUUUUCUUUGAGGAGCGUCAAGACCUCUUCGGCUUAUUCGAGGACCCGCAGGAUAUCCUUGAGAAGGAUGGUGCGAACCGACUUCCACCCUUCAAGGACUACUUGUACAUUUUACAACCAAACAACAAAUGGAAACGGCGGUACUGCGUUCUUCGUAGUUCCGGUCUAUACGCUUCUAAAAAACAGGGUUCUGAUAUUUCAGAACUGGUAAGGGUCACAGCUUUUGGAGAGCACUUGCAUCUCUACACUACAAGUGGUGGUUGGCGCAAGGCCAACGCACCGACACCCUACGGAUUCGUCCUCAAGCCUCACUCCGUUGUGACAAUGGAUCCGCACAUGGUGAGGGCGUUCUGCGCUGCUAACGAAGAGUCUCUCAGGAUUUGGUGCUCUCUCCUUCGAAUCAUUCUUAUGGGUCCGCGACUGUUGCAAAACUAUCGCCAACGGUUGGCGGCAUGCGCGUUGAAUUACCAAUUGCCCAGUGAUUGCGCGGCUGACGAUGAAGAGGGAUUAGCAGCGCUGGAGGGGACGAGUGCGGAAGCGUCGGUCAACCACCUGGCAGAACUGGUGCGUCACAAGUACGCACGUGAGAGCAACGUCUACUCAGGCGCGGGGGUACGCGAGAGCGCUCGGCAAUACGCCAAACUGCCAGCCAUAGCACGCGCCCGCUCCGUUUCGCAGAUCCAGGCGCAAAUCGCCACUCACCAAGGCAGUCUCAGCUGCAGUCAAUUCUCCCUCGGCCCAGCCGACAGGCUUGGCGCCAGCGUAGGCGAUCUCGGCUUCGUCUCAGGGAGAACUGAUGUAGGAAGAACAUCAAGUAUGAAUGAACUAUGUGUUGACGAGCGCAGAGCUACAACUUCCAGCACUCAGAGUCUGAACGCCAGUCAGCGCUUGACCUGCCUCUUCAACCCACUGCGGUGGUCCCGUCGAAACGUCAACGAGGCAACAACGCCGCAGCCAAUGCGCAUAAGUACCGCUCGGAAGGGACCCGCUGCGCGGAAAUGCAACCGGUCCAGUAGCAGCCUUUACCGGCCUCCCUCCAUAUCGCCUUCUUCCUCCGUCUUCUUCCUACAAAAUGCUGAAGACUCGAGCGCCCGUGUCUCGGCUGCCGUGGAAGAAGAGCAGCUGAACUCAAUGAACCAGCGACAGCAGCAGCUAGAAGUGCAACAAUUGCAACCUCAGCAGCUGCCCACGUUAAUGUAUCCGAGUCAGCGGCGACAGACUACAGCGCCGCAGACACCUCAUUCGCCGCGACACUUUGGCCCAUUUGCGGGCAUUCGACCACAACUCCUCCCCUCUCAACUCUCACCUGCAGCUCUUUGA